CACCAUGGCGACCAACGGGAUGGAGCUGCUUCGAUUACUACUCACUACGCUACUGGCCCUGUCACUUCGGACAGAGGUCGAAGCGCUUCAGUGUUACAGUUGCAGUGCCGAGAGUUGUUCGAAGGUGGCCACCGCUGGUACCACCACGACCUGUGCCAAUGCGGACGAUGUGUGUUUCUCCCGUUUCGACGCCACGAGCCUUUUAGCAACGGAGCGUGGCUGUUUGACGGCCACUGCAGCCCCAGCGGCCUGUACGGGGACCGACUGUUUAACGUGUGCGUCUCCCGAUCUCUGCAACGACGCAGGAAGCCCACAGCAUCGCUGUGUGGUGUGCUCCUCGCUGACGAGCGCCGAGUGUGUUACGGAUCCGAGCAGCCUGGUGGCAGCCCAGUGUCCGAUGGCCACCGGAGUCGAUCUAACGGCGGCGCAGUGCUACAAUCGUGUGAUCGGAACCGUUACCGAGCGAGGUUGCGUUACCUCGCAGCGAACCGUGGACGAGUGCGGUGGUAUCGGAUGUGCAACUUGCACCGGCACCGGUUGUAAUGCGGCGGAGUUCCCGGCCGGCCGGCAGCAGUGCGUGAAGUGCGAUGGGACCACCUGCAACAGUGAAGCGUCCACAACAGUGGUCUGCGACGAUCCGUACGAUACGUGCGUCACCGUGCAAAGGAGCAACGGGGAUGUGAUGAAAUCGUGCGAAAAGGCCAUGACCUCAGCGGAUGUUGCCUACUGUCUCGCCAACCCGACCCAGUGUGCGUACUGUGGGAACCGGCUCUGCAAUGGGGUGCCGUUCGAUGCCACCAGCCAGCGGCGCUGUUACCGAUGCGACGGAACCGGCUGCCUUAAGUCGGCUGCCCAGCUCGCAACCUGCCGGCUGUUCGACGACGAUUGCUACAGUUCCUUCACCGGGUUUAAUCCCUCCCGGCGUGGUUGCCUCUCGGAGCUGACCUCGGAAGAAACGGUCCAGUGUAAGGCGGGUGGAGUCCCCGACAGCCCUUGCAUUGUUUGCAGUGGUUCCGAGUGUAACCUACAGGCUCGGUCCGAUCAUCGCUGCUUGUCCUGCACGUCGGUCAAGGACGCAGCUUGUGUGAACCCCGCCGUGGGAGCGUUACAACCGGUGCAAUGUCCUGCGCCCACCACGGAGCUGCUCGCCGAUGCCCAAUGUCUGACCAGAAUUGUACGCACGCCACGUCUUCUGUCGGAGUACGAUCUGAUGUUUGAUCACUUUCUGUCCCACCUUCAGGUUGGCACGGUGACAGAACGGGGCUGCAUUAGCGGGGAAGCCGACCUGAUGACGUGCGGCGAAGACGGACGGUACUGCGCUACGUGCGGCAUAGAGAACGAUGGUGCCGGUUGCAAUUCGAAGCUCUUCCCGAGCGAUCGCCGCCGGUGUACCGUUGGCACCGAGUCCAACGCGUACUGUCCCGAUCCGUGGGACGAUUGUGUCCAGCUGCUGCAGAGUGGCACCCGUAAGCGUACCUGCCGAUCGUUGCUGACCGAGAGCGAACGUAGCUUCUGCGCCGCCAACAGCAAUCGGUGUCGGUUCUGCGGUACCGAUGGUUGUAACGCUGCCGAGAUCACGUUCGACUACGUCGAAUGCCUGUCGUGUGACUCCGGUACCGAUGUCCGGUGUGCCACAAACCCGGCCGCCCUUGGGACAUUCGAACGUUGUGCGGCGUGUGCCUCGGCGAUCCUAACGAUCGACGGAAAGACCACGACCCGGCGCGGAUGCCUGGCGAGUAUGCCGGCGGAGGUGUCCCAAGUGUGCCCGACAACCGGUAGCACUAGCUGUCAACGGUGCUCCACCAACCGGUGCAACACGGGGAACUUUCCCUCGGCCCGCCUACAGUGCUACCGCUGCACAAGUCCUCCCUGUGUGUCGCACCAGGACAUCCGGCUCGAGUAUUGUCCACAGUAUGCAUCCACCGACGCCUGCAUCGUGCAGACGUCCACCGAUGGUCAACUGCUGCGCCUCGACUGUCGCAGUGCCCUGUCGGAGUCGGAACAGGCGACGUGCCUCAGCCUGAACGCUGCGGGUCUCUGCCAAAUGUGUGGUACGGCGGGCUGUAAUGACCCCGCGACUUUUGGCACCUCCAGUAGCUGCAUCCAGUGUCGUAGCUCGCUGAACCCUCUGUGCCAGGAGCAGGCACUACAAAUCGCGGCAGAACCUUGUUCCGAUCCGGCCAACACUGCCUGCUACACGCGGCUUACGGCCGUCGGCACACUGACCAGCCUCACGGAGCGCGGCUGCCUGUCGGAUCUGGCGGCGACCGAUCGGGACAAGUGUGCCCGUGGGGAGGACUGCAUCGUGUGUCGGUCCGGAAGGAGCGAUAACUGCAACACGGUCCAGUACCCGGUCGCCCCGCUUACCUGCUUCCAGUGUGACUCGCGCACCGACGGUGAGUCGUGUAAGGUGGCCCAAACGGCGCAACAGGCGCCGACCUGUCCGCAGUACGACGUGGCCAACAAGUGCUACACGAUCGUGCACUCGAACGGUGAUACCGUGCGCAAGUGUUCGACGGCCAGCAAGGACGUGGAGUGUCCCGGUAUCGGAACCUGCGAGGUGUGUCUGUUCCGGGGCUGCAACAGCAAACCCUUCUCGGCCGUCGUGGUCACACCACCGCCCGAUCCUACCACUACGCCUAAACCCAGUGGUGGUGCCGCGACCGGUGGCCUAACGAUUCCGUGGUUGACGUGGCUACUCGGUACACUACUGUGCGGAGCCUGCACAGGGGCUGGGUUCCUGGCCCAAAGUGGAUUCCACUUUCUUUAGAAACUUCAGGGAGUUAGGUAAUCAACGCAUUCGAAACGCACUCCAUCAUAGAUCGUCCAAAUAAAUUCGACCAACAGAG